ACAGGAAAUGUCUAUGCUUGGGCUAUGGUCCUUACCGGCACGUCCGGUAACCUGAGUGUUACUCUUUACCUUGCGAGUGUGAUUAGCAUUGGUGGUGGGAAAGUAUGGACACAGGUGGAGAUUGCUGCUAUGGCCUGGGCCCUCAACAUCCUUUCGGGUCUUCUGAAUACGUGGGGAACCAAGCCGAUCGGGUGGAUCGCGGGUUUUAGUGUGUGGUGGACGCUCUGUGGGACGGUCGUGCUCGUCAUUUGUCUUCUUGUGAAAGCUCCUGUCAAG